UGAACAGUGUUCAUAUGAACAGUAACUUUAUAUUUUUUUCCCUUUUAAGUCCUUUAUUUUCUUUCAUGCCCCUUAGUAGGGUUAUGUCACAUGUCAUUAUUAUAUAUUGAAUGAAGUGGGAGUUUAAACAUAAGAUUGUGACUCCCAAAGGUUAUAGUCAUCUCUCUUUUCCCUUUUCUUCUCCUUCUUCUAAUUUACAUGGUAGCAGAGCAAGAUCCUUGGGGAUUGAUACCAUUAUUACAGGUUCUCAUCAACACAAGUUCUUUCUUCAAUCAAGGUCCUAGUUGGAGGACAGCUAUGGAGGAAGAAUUAUUGGCCCUGGAGGAAAAUUAGACUUGGGAUCAUGUCCCCUUACCUCCUGCUUGUGGUGAAAAAUGUGCUUCAUAGCGAUCUAUAUGGAGCAACCUCCAGGAUUUGUUACUCAAGAGGAGUCCAGAAUAGUGUGCAAGCUCAAGAAGUUUUUAUACGGUUUGAAGCAGUCUCCUCAGAUGAUGUUGAGCAAGAGACUUGUCAGCGUGAGGAGUGCACCAUGGUCGUUGAAGGGAAUGAUUCCGAGAUUGGGGAUGUUUGAUCUUUUUUACUUUAAUUUAUUAUUUUCAUUUUAUAUUGUUGGAACAAUUGUAGAUGACUUUGAUUUUUUAUUUAGAUACAUUGAUUUACUUGGAUUUGGACAAUUGAGAUGUAAUUGAGAUUUUUUUCACUUUUAGUUGUGGUGCCACCAGCACAUUUGACUUCAGACAUUUGAGUUGGAUAAUGAUUAAUGGUCAUGGAAAUAUUCUGUUGUGUA